UCAUUCCAAAAACAGUAGUAAGUUCCCAUACAUCUUUUACACAUCGGUGGGUUUUUUUUGCUUUAGAUUGAAUAGAGAGGUCUUGUUACAGGACUUUGUGUCACUCAAGGAUGUGACUGUGGACUUCACUCAGGAGGAGUGGCAGUGGCUGAACUCUGCUCAAAGAAAACUAUACAGGGAUGUGAUGCUGGAAAACUAUAGCAACCUUGUUUCAGUGGGGCAUCCGUCUCUGAAGUCAAAUCUAAUCUUGUUGAAGCAAGGAGAACCAUGGAUGGAGGAGAAAGGAAUCUCAAGUUGGCCCUAUGCAGACUAUGAAAUUAGACCCCAAAUUAAAGAAUUAAUUCAAAAGAGCCUUUCUGAAGAGAUACUCUAUAACAUGAUAGUAGAUUCAAUUUUUAAAGACUUGAAACUUGAAGAUGAACUAAAUCAUCAGGAAAACCAAGGCAAGCUUGUGAACCAAGUUGUACUUAACAGUAAGUCACUGACUGAAGAAAUAGAUUGUGAAUAUAAUGUCCUAGAGAAAGUAGUUCCUGUGAACAAAGAAGUUAAUAAGCAUAUCAGUACCUUUGUGCAGAAGUCACACCUCUUUGCACAACGUACACUUCUUACCAGCAAGAAACCAUAUAAAUGUAUACUGUGUGGGAAAGCCUUUAGUGGAAAGUCAGCACUCAUUGUGCAUCAGAGAAUUCAUACUGGGGAGAAACCAUACAAAUGUAAUGAAUGUGAAAAAGCCUUUAUUCAGAAGCCACAACUUACUGUACAUCAGAGAACACAUACAGGAGAGAAACCCCAUGAAUGUAGUCAUUGUGGGAAAGCCUUCAUCCAGAAGUCAAGCCUCAUUAUUCAUCAGAGGAUUCACACAGGGGAGAAACCCUAUGAAUGCAAUGAAUGUGGAAAAACUUUCGUCAAGAAGUCAACUCUCAGUGUGCAUCAAAGAGCUCAUACUGGGGAGAAACCACAUGAAUGCAGUGAAUGUGGGAAAGCUUUUGUUUUGCAUUCUCAGCUCAUUGUGCAUCAAAGAAUCCAUACUGGGGAGAAACCCUAUGGAUGUAAUGAGUGUGGAAAAACCUUUCACAGGAAGUCAGAACUAAGUGUUCAUCACAGAAUUCAUACAGGGGAGAAACCUUUUGAAUGUAAUGAAUGUAAAAAAGCCUUUAUUCAGAAAUCAGAUCUCCUUGUACAUCAGAGAAUUCACUCUGGGGACAAACGAUAUCAAUGUAGUGAAUGUGGGAAAGCCUUCACUCGGAGUUCACACUUCACUGAACAUCAGAGAAUUCAUACUGGGGAGAAACCCCAUGAAUGCAGUGAGUGCAGAAAAGCUUUCAUCCAGAAGUCACAACUUAUUGUGCAUCAGAGAAUACAUACUGGGAACAAGCCAUAUGAAUGCAGUACAUGUGGAAAAGCCUUUAGCAAGAAGUCACACCUCACCAUACAUCAUAGAAUACAUACUGGAGAAAAACCCUAUGAAUGCAAUGAUUGUAGAAAAGCCUUCAGCAAAAAAUCUACUCUCAUAGUUCAUCGAAGAAUUCAUGUUGAACAGAAAUGCUUUUAGUGGGAGUCAAUGAUCAAAACUUUAAUACAUAUCAUAGAAUUUAUAGCUAGAAACCCUAUGAAUAGGGUUUAACAAUCGUUCCAGAACUACCAAGCACUAGAAAAUUUAC